AAAAAAAAAAAACAAAAAGUUGUAUGCAAGACCUGUCGUCGGCGCUUAUGGAUGUUGGAUGAUAGGGUUUAAGAAUCAGGUGCAAAAACCCUAAAAUUAUUAGUUUGGGAAAAAAGAAGCAACCCUCCCUCUCAGCGUCUCUCUCCUUUCCCUCAUAUGGAUUCAAAAAAGAAGAAAGAAGACAAGGACAACCAAAAAUCAGAAAUAUUUGCAUCAUGCUCUUUCUCUGCUCUCGGCCUACACCCCUCUCUCUGUAAUCAACUCCAAGAAAGGUUGGGUUUUGAAGGUCCGACUUUAGUUCAAGCUCAAGCUAUUCCAGUCAUUCUCUCCGGCCGUCACGUACUUGUUAACGCGGCGACUGGUACUGGAAAAACUGUUGCGUAUUUAGCUCCGAUUAUUCACCAUUUGCAUAGUUACCCUUCGAGAAUCGACCGCGAGAAUGGAACUUUUGCGUUGGUUCUUGUACCAACGCGGGAGCUUUGUUUGCAGGUUUAUGAGAUUCUGCAAAAGUUGUUACAUCGGUUUCAUUGGAUUGUACCGGGCUAUGUAAUGGGUGGUGAAAACCGGUCGAAAGAGAAAGCUAGGUUGCGCAAAGGUAUAUCUAUUCUUGUUGCAACUCCUGGUCGCCUGUUGGAUCACUUAAAGAACACAGCAUCUUUUGUUCACACAAAUCUGCGCUGGAUUAUCUUCGAUGAAGCAGAUAGAAUUUUGGAAUUAGGAUUUGGCAAGGAAAUAGAGGAGAUACUGGAUCUUUUGGGAUCUAGGCAAAUUGGGUCUGUUGGAAAUGGAAAUCAAGUUUCAAGCCUUUCUAAUUUUCAGGGACAAAAUCUGCUACUAUCAGCUACCUUAAAUGAAAAGGUAAAUCAUCUUGCUAAAAUCAGUCUAGAAAAUCCAGUUAUGAUUGGUCUUGAUGACAAGAAGAUACAACCGGAUCAAUCAGUUGAUCAUAUUGAAACUGCGGAAUCUGAUGAAGAUGAUGGUUUAGGAUAUAGCAAAGUAAAAAACUCUUCAACUGGAGAUUAUAAGCUUCCAGCUCAGUUGGUUCAGAGAUAUGUGAAAGUGCCUUGUGGUUCACGGCUUGCGGUACUUUUAUCCAUUCUCAAGAAUCUGUUUGAGAGAGAAGCUUCGCAUAAGAUUGUGGUGUUCUUUUCAACAUGUGAUGCAGUUGAUUUUCACUAUUCCCUCCUAAGUGAAUUCUGCUGGUCACCCAACUCACAAUCAGAAGCAGAACAUACAGAGAGGUUCUUGAGAUGUAACACUCUUCGGUUGCAUGGGAAUAUGAAGCAGGAAGACCGAAGGAAUACAUUUCAAGCCUUCAAAACAGAGAAAUCAGCUCUUCUUUUGUCCACAGAUAUUGCUGCUAGAGGCUUGGAUUUUCCAAAAGUUAGAUGCAUUGUUCAGUACGAUUCUCCAGGAGAGGCAACUGAAUAUGUUCACAGGGUUGGUCGAACUGCUCGGUUAGGUGAAAAAGGAGACUCAUUGCUAUUUCUGCAACCAGUUGAAGUGGAUUAUCUACAUGACUUGGAGAAACAUGGUGUAUCACUGACAGAGUAUCCCAUCCUCAAAGUGUUGGGUAGUUUCCCAUUAUAUGGUCAGGUGUACCGUGCCAGAAAGUUUGUUUCUUUAGAUUUGCAUCCUUGGGUUCUAUAUUUGCAGAGGGCACUGGAGUCAUUUAUCUUGUCUGAGCCAAGGAUGAAUAAACUGGCUCAGACUGCAUUUUGCUCUUGGGUCCGUGCAUACACAGCCCAUCGUGGUGACCUGAAAAGAAUUUUUAUGGUGAAGAAACUUCAUUUGGGGCACGUUUCCAGAAGCUUUGGACUGAAGCAGCAGCCAUCAUUGGUUGGACAAUCAUUUCAAAAUCAAUCGAAGAAGAGGAAGAGAGAAGGGAAGCAAAAGGGACUAUCAAAGCAGAGAAAGUUUACUCGUAAAACACGAACCUAAAACAUGAAGAAGAUAAUUUUGAAACAUGGCAGAUUGAUGAGACUACAGACAGAUGCCGAGGCUAUAACACCGGACAUGUUGCUAAUUGUAGGCAUGCCCAUCAGAACUGAUUUGCUGCCUUUCAUGGUUAUUUUGAACUUGUAAUUUGCCACUGGGCAUGAAAUAUCUUAUGCAUAUAGGGCUAAUCAUGUUUUAUUGACUCAUAUUACAAUUCUAAUACACAAGAGUUAAUUGUUUCGAA